UUUUUUUUUUCUCCUUUUUUCUCCCAUUCAACAUCUCUUUAACUAUAAGAUCAUGACCAAGGGGAAUAUUUCUUCUCCUAGUGAAAAGAUAAAAAUUAUUUGUCGUAUACGCCCUUUUUUGGAUAAUGAAGUAAAGGAAAUCGCUGUACAGGUUGACGACAAAAAUACUUUAUCUUUAGAAAAUAAAAGAGACCCUGCAAGUCCUCUGAUAUACAAAAAUUUUUCGUCCUGUUAUUCUGCCACUGCUACUCAAGAAACUAUUUUUGUUCAAGAUGUUCGACCACUCAUUGAACGAGUUUUUGAAGGUUAUGAUGCUACCAUCUUCGCUUAUGGUGUCACAGGUUCAGGGAAAACAUAUACUAUGCAAGGUAUCAAGGAUGAACCUGGUAUUAUUCCUAGAGUGGCUGAAUUCCUAUUCGAAACAAAGGAAGCAUCAAAAUUAUCUUCUAUUGAUAUAACAAUGUCUUAUAUGGAAAUUCUCAAAGAGUCAGUAUACGAUAUGUUGACGCCAAGGAAAAAGAACAUUGCUCUGGAUAUACGUGAAGAUAUCAAUCGAGAUGUAUUUGUUGCCAAUUUGACAGAGAAACGAAUUCAAACAUGUAAAGAUUUUCAAAGGUUAUUCAAUUCUGCAAGCAAAAAUCGAUCCACCGCAAGUACAAGAUUGAAUUCACGAUCUAGUCGAUCACACGCAAUUCUUACUUUAAAGGUGACAACCAUUACACCUAUUCAAACAGACGAAGGAAGACAAGAGGAAAGAGUGAUGGGAAAGAUCAAUUUAAUUGAUUUGGCUGGAUCGGAAGAUAAUCGAAAAUCUGGAAAUGGCAAGGCUCGAAUGACUGAAAGUGCAGCUAUCAAUAAAAGUUUGUUUGUAUUGGGUCAAGUAGUGGAAGCCAUCAACAAUGGAAUGACUAGAGUACCAUAUCGAGAUUCCAAAAUGACAAGGAUAUUACAGUCAACUCUUGGCGGAAGCGCUUUAGGAAUGAUGAUUAUCAAUAUAGCUCCAGGACAUAACUUUUUCACCGACACUACAAAUACACUCAAUUUUGCUCAUCGAUCCAAGGAAAUCAAAAGUGCACCCAAAGCCAAUGUUCGACGGACAAGGUCAGUAACAAGAAGUAUGACAAUGUCAAACAAUUAUGCCCAACAAGCAGCUAUGUCACCAACGAGGAUCACCCAACCUUACCCUUCACCAAAUCAGGAUAAGACACACAGAGAUUCAAAACAUGUCACCAUCAAUUCAAUCAGCAGACGACUCUCCAAUUUACCUUGCAACAACAAACGACCUUCCGACACCUACGAACAAAGAAUGAGAGCAUCCAAACGCACCAAAUAUUCACCAACGUACAGUAACAACAAAGAUACCAACACAUAUAAUCCAUCUCAUCAACUAUCACCCUAUAAUGACAACUAUCACACAUUAACGACUUCAGAAAAGAACCUUCAACGUUGGUUACGGGACGUACCAUUACCAACAAGAACAUCACAUAUGCCACGUACUUGGUCAACGAUCACGGCAGCCAAUCAUCAACCUAUGACAAGAAAUAGACAAGAAGAAGAAUUACAAGGAAUGGUCGAGAAUUCUGUCAUGCGGAUGACUAGAAUGAUACCUAUGACAGAUGAUGAUGAAGAAUUAGUGGUUAUGACAAGAUCGGAAUUCAACAAUCUACGGGAUCAACUAAUGAUGGAAGCCAAACGGGAAAUAUUAUCUGGUAUAUCUGAAUCGGAUUAGUUAGAAUACCCUCCUCCUCCAUCAAAAACCUUUUGUAAUUUAUAUAUCAUUAUUAGUCCACUUAUUAUUUCUGUAUCAUAGUUUUUUUUUUUUUCUUUCUUUGUAUCCUUUGUACUUUAAUUCAUCUUUUA